AUGGACGAGAAAGCUGAUAAGAGAGUUCAUAGAACCUUUCAGGAAUCCAAGACAGGGGAACCCAAUAUACGUUCCAUUUGGCGUCGAGGGGAAGAUAGUAGAACCACCCCAUUGUCGGCCAAUUCCAAUAAUAACCACAUGGGACGCAAUAGCCCUCCUUUGGACAAUCUACAUAAUGAGAAUGGAGUCUUACAAGGAAAUGGAGCUUCAACACCAGAAGGAAUAUCUUUCCAGGAUGACGAUUGUGUUGGCGGACAAAAUAACAAUGAUGAAUACGAAAAGUUCGCAUCGCCCAACGGCAGUCAAUGUAACGGCAUCAAUGAAAGAAGGGAAGAUCGUAAAAUUUAUGUUCGGGGCGUCAGUCCAUACGUCACAAAAGAUCAACAAGUUAGUAGCACAGUCGAGGGUGAGAGCUAUACCAAUAUUACAAUGGUGCCAUUCGAAUGUUGCCCAAACCAGGAGAGAAUCCGAUCGUUGCAAAUAUCCUUGGGGCAACUGCGCCGAAUCGGUGUCUUGGCGGGCAAUGCAUGGACGAAAGAAGAACCGAAAACACCGUGUCGUGUUGUGGUCCCGAACGUUCAAUAUACUGAGGCAAGAAUUCCGGAAACCAUGUCCCAUGUGCCGAAGGGUGAAGAGCAGGAUGAACCUCGAGAAGGUCGCAAUAGUGAGAAAUUUCCACUCAUGAUCGUCGAAAUGAUCGCAUAUAAAUCAGAUCGUAAACGCGUUGCAAAUUCUCUUAACUGUAAACUCCAAGGCGGAGAUCUUUUUAGUUGUAUUUGUUAUAUGGAACAUGUUAAAGAGUAUUAUGGUUUUGAUCAUAUCAUUAUCAUCGGAGAACUUCAUGCUGGAAUUCUUUUCCUGGACUGCUACGGUCGUGUGUUCAUAUGGGAAUCAAUGUGCUAUGUUUUAUGGAUGCUUGGGGAUUAUUGGAACGAGGCAACAAAGACUGGCGGCCAAAGCAAGUGGGGUUUAGAGACCGAUUGGACUGUUGUUAAAUUUGAAGAAUUUAUGAAUUAUCCACCAAAUGAAUUAACCUUUAACGAUCCCGCCACAAAAAUGAUUGGUAAUCACCCUGUUGCAAAGAAGAAAAAGAAUUUGAAAAAAAAGAACUCGAAAAAGAAACAAUAUUGA